CGUCCUUCAUGCUGCAAGAACACCGGACCUCCGAGCGAUCCCCGGCGAGGCCGUCUCUGGGCCCUGUGACGUUGGCCCGCUCCACAUGCAAUUAUGCGAUGCGAGCGGAAAAGGACCAGUGUAACGGAGUCGCUAUUGGUUCUUCUUUCUAGUCGGGUACGAAGAAAGGAGUGACGUAUAUUAGUUUCGCGGGUCUGUCUUGCGUCAUGAAAUCGGACCUUGAGACGACCCCACACCUACACCGCGAUCUACCGAUUUAUAGUGGAGGUCGCCGCCAUAGCCAAACAUGUAAAAAGGCAGAGUACCUACGCUGUUUUCUUGCAAGCAUACAUACUGAAUUCUCAAACUCGAAAUCGCAGCUCAACCCACAUACACAAUGGCACCCUCAACAACCAAGCAGUGGACGGUCGACGGAAAUACCGGCUUUGAUGCCUUGAAUUUCAAUGAGAACGCCCCUGUCCCCGAGGUAGGCGACAAAGAUGUGCUCGUCAAAAUUCACGCCGCUUCCCUCAACUACCGCGACUUGAUCAUCCCCAAGGGGAAAUACCCAUUCCCCAUGAAAGACAACAUCGUCCCUGGAUCUGACGGAGCUGGUACCGUUGAGAAGGUUGGGAAGCAGGUCACACGAUUCAAGCCCGGAGACAAAGUCGUUACCCUGUUCAAUCAAGGCCACAUCGCCGGCUCCCUCAACGCACAGACCAUACAAACUGGCCUGGGUGGCGUUAUCGAUGGCACGCUCCGCGAAUACGGUGUUUUCGAUGAAGCUGGCCUCAUCACCAUGCCUCAAAACCUCAACUUCCUUGAAGCUAGCACGCUUUCCUGCGCUGCCCUCACAGCCUGGAAUGCUCUUUACGGCCUCGAGAGUCGCGCACUGAAACCUGGCCAAACCGUCCUCACACAAGGAACGGGGGGUGUUAGCAUCUUCGCACUUCAGUUUGCCAAAGCCGCAGGCGCACGUGUCAUUGCCACGACGAGCUCAGAGAAGAAGGCCGAGAUAUUGAAGAAACUUGGGGCCGACCAUGUCAUCAAUUACAAGGAAGACCAGAAUUGGGGCGAGACAGCUGCCAAAAUUACCGGCACCGGCGUUGAUCAUGUCGUCGAAGUCGGCGGACCUAAAACCAUGGCGCAAUCUAUCAAAGCUGCCGCCAUUGAUGGUGUCAUCAGCAUCAUCGGCUUUAUUGGCGGCACAGAGAAGGACCAGCCCACCUUCCUCGACUGCUUGAGCAACAUCUGCACAGUGCGGGGUCUCUUGGUGGGCUCCAGGCUGCAGAUGGAAGACAUGUGUGCUGCCAUCGAAGCAAACAAUUUGCACCCUGUCGUAGACGAGAAGGUGUUUGAGCUCAAGGAUUUGAAGGAGGCGUAUCAAUACAUGUGGGAUCAGAAGCAUUUCGGAAAGCUCACUAUCAAGGUAGCAUCAUAGUGGAGACUAGAUCGCUUCGCAGACUUAGAUAACUGGCAAAUAUAAACUCCAUCAGACUCUGAAUCACGUAGCU